AGAACCUUACCAAGUUUAGUGAGGAAGCAAGAAUGAGGAGAGAAGAAGAAGUAAGUUUAGUUGGAUUAACCAUAAGAACAUCAUCAGCAUCAGCAACAGCAAGUUCUUCAAGCAAGAAAGGCAAAGAUGUUCACACAAAUGAUGCUUCAGAUUCAUCUCCAAGUAUAAAAAACUCUCCUUUCAAUUCACCAUCUCUUGUGUCCCCACCAUCUUCUGCUUUUGUUUCCGCUUUACAAUCUCCUUAUAUAUCCCCAAGAGCCACCACUCAACCCAUUACCACCACCACUCACAAGCCUCCCUCCUCACCGCCUGAAGAUGUUCCAAGCAGCUCCUACACUCCUCCUUCCGACCAGUACGAGUUCUCCGACGACCCAUCAGACCGGAAGCAGCUCAAGUUAUCCUCAGCUUGUACUCCAGAUCCUGCUCUUCCAAGGAUCUCCUUCUCCUUCCCUGUCCCUAGAGUCUCCUUAGCUAAAGUCUCUGUCUCUUCACCUGCCACCACUAACACCACCAAGCUCAGGAGCUCUGAUGUCUUCAUAGGGUUUCACGGACAAAACCCAAACUUGGUGAGGUUCUGCAAGUGGCUUAAGUCUGAGCUUGAGCUUCAGGGGAUAGCUUGUUUCGUUGCUGACAGAGCUAAGUAUUCGGACACACAGAGUCAUGAGAUCGCCGACAGGGUUAUAUGUUCUGUUACUUAUGGGAUUGUGGUUGUGUCUUGUUCAAGCCUGCUCAACUACCUUAGCUUGGAGGAAGUUAGGUUCUUUGCUCAGAAGAAGAACUUGAUUCCUAUUUUCUAUGGAACUGGACCUUCUGAGAUUAUGUCUCUUCUCAACUGCAAUGCAAUUGAUAAAGAGUGUAAAGAAGCCAUAGAUGGGUUGAUUAAGUGCCAUGAGUUUAAGCUAGAGGCUAAUGAGAGUAACUGGAGAAGCUGUGUGGGGAAGACGGCGAUGAUUCUUAGGGGGAAGCUUGGGAGGAAGAGUGUGGUUGAUAAAGAGAUUGUGGAGAGGAUUGAUGAGCUUCCUUUCCCUAGGAACAGAACUUUUCUUGGAAGAGAGAAGGAGAUUAUGGAGAUGGAGAUGGCUUUCUUUGGUAGUGGAGAGUAUCUUGAGUCUACAACACCAAGCAGUAAGGGAGAAACAAGUGGACAGUCUGAAGGACUUGCAGAUGAGGAAUCAGAUGCUGUAUCAACUCGGAACGGGAAGUUUAUUACCUUGGAGCUUGGAAGAUGCUCAGAGCAAAGAAGUGAUCCAAAUGGUGGGAAAAACUCUCUUAAGAGACUGUUGAAGACUAAGAAAAGUAGAAGCAGUAGUAACUGCAAGAGUAGCAGCACAAGCGUUGUUUGUGUGAAUGGAGUUCCAGGGAUUGGGAAGACAGAGUUAGCUCUUGAGUUCGCUUACCGUUAUUCUCAGAGGUAUAAGAUGGUUUUGUGGGUCGGAGGGGAAGCUAGAUACUUCAGACAGAACCUGUUGAAUCUGUCAUUCAGCUUGGGGGUUGAUGUGUCUGCUGAUGCUGAGAAGGAUAGAGGUAGACUUAGGAGCUUUGAUGAACAAGAGUUUGAAGCUUUCAAGAGGAUAAAGAGAGAGCUUUUCAGAGACAUGCCUUAUCUGUUAAUCAUUGAUAAUCUUGAGAUAGAGAAAGAUUGGUGGGAAGGGAAAGAUCUUAACGAUCUGAUUCCAAGAAACACUGGAGGUACUCAUGUCUUGAUCACUACAAGGCUUCCUAAAGUCAUGGCCUUUGACACAGUUCAGCUCCCUGUCUUGUCUUCAUCUGAUGCAAUGGUGUUACUGAGAGGGAGAAGAAAGAAAGAUUACCCUGCUGAGGAGGUUGAGAUCCUCAAGGUUUUUGAAGAAAAGUUGGGACGGUUGAGCUAUGGUCUUUGGGUGAUAGGAUCAUUACUUUCAGAGCUUGCUAUCACACCUUCUGCUCUCUUUGAAGCUGUGAACAAAGUUCAUUUAGAAGAACGUUCAGCUUCUCCUUUUCUUAACUCAAACGAUGAGCAAUACUGCAAAUCAAACCCAUUCGUUGCAAAGGUAUUAGCAUUCUGUUUAGCUGUUUUGGAGCAAGCUGAAGGAAACAGAAACCUUCUCUCAUUGAAAAUGCUACUAGUGGGAGCUUGGUUUGCUCCUGUCCCUAUACCGGUUAACUUGUUAGCUGCAGCUGCUAAAAACAUGCCCACAGGUGGGAACCGGUUUAGUAAAUGGAACAAAUGUUUGAGUCACACAUUUGCUUGGUGCGGUGGCUGUGGCCUAGGACGAAGAAGCGAAGAGGAUGCUGCUUUUUUACUUGUCAGGUUAGGACUAGCGAGGAUGACUAACAGACAACCUGGAUGUUGGAUUCAGUUCCAUCCCAUAACUCAAACUUUCGCCAGGAGAAGAGACUACAUACUUGCUCCCAAGGCAACGGUUCAAGGCGUGAGGAAAAUAGAGAACCCGUUGUUGAAUCUUGAUCACUUGUGGGCUUCAGCGUUCUUAGUAUUCGGAUUCAAAUCAGAACCUCCGUUGGUGGAGUUGCAAGCAAUGGAUCUGGUGCUUUACAUCAAGAGAACAGCUCUUCCUUUAGCAAUCACAGCUUUCACAACCUUCUCGAGGUGCACUUCUGCUUUGGAGCUUCUGAAAGUAUGCACCAAUGUGCUGGAGGAUGCGGAGAAAUCGUUUGUGACUCAGAUACAAGAUUGGCGCCAAAGCUCGCUCUGUUGGAAGAAGAAGACUAACAAGAAGGUUGAUGAGUACGUGUGGCAGGAUGUUACGUUGCUGAAGGCUUUGUUACUUGAGACAAGAGCGAAGCUGCUGCUGCGAGGAGGGCAUUUUGAUAGUGGAGAGGAGCUUUGCAGGACUUGUAUCAGUAUCAGGACGGUGAUGCUUGGCCAUAAUCAUGAGCUCACUUUGGCUGCUCAAGAAACACUAGCAAAGUUAGUCAGAAUGAGAAGUAAGAUAUGAAACAUUUCUCCUACUGGUUAUUUCCACGUUACUUUAAAACUCAGUUUUUGUUGAAGACUUCAGUUCAUGUAUUGGUUACUUUAAAAACCAGUUAAGAACAAUCUUAUUCCUAAUGUACAUUACAAACUUCAUUUGUUGAUCCUAGUCUCUUUUGUUACACAUUU